AUACAAGGGGUAAACUGCAAAGAAAUGGAAUUGUGUUAUUAGGCAUUUUCAACAGAAGCAUAUAGUAGUGUAAAACGUCAGCAAAACCCCUUUGUCUAUUCCUAACCCUAACAUCAGUGCAGAGCUAUUGUGCAAUGGCGUCUCGGUGUCGUACACUAUCAAGACCAGCAAUUAACCUCUUCAAAUCCACAAUGAACAAACGCAUACCCACCACUUCCUCUCGCUCAUUUCCAACACUCUCAAGGCCAAUGCCUCAGAUGGGUUGUCUUCAAUCUCUGCUGCCACUUCACAGUGCUGUGUCUUCAGCUAGACUGACAUCGUGCCUUGGUAUUGAUUCAAAGGGGUCAAGGUCCUUGUCUCAGGGUAUGAUUUGCAGUGCCAAUCCAGGAGUUUGAUUUUUUAGAAAAACUGUAUCUAGUUAGGACUCUCAGUGCCGCGAUAAGAGACUAUUGCUCAAGGAAGAAAAUGGAUGUUUAAUUGACAAUCACAACUUCUUAUCACCUGAUGUCCUUCCAUAGUUUUCUGCAACCUUUGUUCUUAUUCAUGUAUGAUAUUGACAGCAUGCAACUUCUGACUUUUGCCUCAAUUACCCUUUUUUUUUUAUUGCUAUUUUGUAAGAUAUUGUCCCUCAAUUCGUUUAGAAACAAUUUUGAAGUAAUAAUGUUUGUACUCA